AUGUCUCUGAUAUCCAUCCUAAUUGUGUUUUGCAUGCCUUUUUUGCAUGGACAGUUUUGUAAUGUCACACCUCAUCAUCAGUCAUAUUUUCUCAUUUGUUUAUUUGCUGGAGCUAAUUCAUAUCUCAACACCUGUCCUUACCCUCAUUCACUGCCUGCCCCCUUCACAUGCCUGUCCCAAACCUUUGCCACGGUCCUCAUGUUAUUUAUAGGUUGUGGAGUAGCAGGCUUCCCUAGCGGCAUUCAGCAGGCGAACAGCCUCCCUUCCUCCUACCCUCCAUCAGGCUUCACUGCUACUGCUGGGGGGUACCGCUACGCCGUCCCGCCCGGUGAGCACGGAAAUCCAGCUCCAGUGCCAGCAGGCUUUGUAGAUAGCUGCAGCUCUACUGGCUACCGCAUGCAGUCGCAGAUGUUGCCCCCUACUGCUGGCUCGGGCCAGCUAUGGAAGGCUCCUUCGAUGUCGGAUCUGGCGGCGUUCAGUAGAAGUGGUGCUAAUUGUCGUGGUCCCCUUCCUCCCUCAUCCCUGCCUCUCCCUCUGACGGCUGCAGCCGACGCUCCGGGAUCGGGCACACACGCACAAGCUGGGUCCGGUCCAUCUUUGGGCCAUCACACAUCACACCCCUCGCCUCAGCAGCAACAACCUGGGACAGCCACCUCCUCAGAAAUUGACCGCAUCAUGGCCAAGAUUGAACAGGAUAAUCGGAUUCUUGCUGAACUAGACAAGACACGAUCCACCAUAGGCCUGUCGAACAACUCAAGUAGCACAACAGCUGGAGGAAGUGUGUGUGCAGCAGGGAAUGUCACCAGUGGCACUACAGUACCCCUAGCCACACAAGCUGGGCAUGGUGAACAGAAUACACUUGCAUACGUCGGGGUGCCCAGUGCACAACCCUAUCAGGCACUGUCGGCUCCUCUGGGUACCCAGCCGCAAUAUGUAAUGCCUGUGCUAGCGCCAGCUGCUCCACCAGGACCCCAGCAGCAGACCUACGUGCCAACACACACAGCACGGCUUAUGCCGCAGAUACCGACAGCGGCAGCUGCUGCUACUGCAGGUGCAGCUGCUGGUAUACCUGGAAUACUAACAACACCGUAUGAUCUAGACACUCUGUUUAAUACCAAGGAACUUUCAUUUAUUGAUAAGAUAAGACUAUUCAGAGUUCUUAAGUUAUUUACACCAAAGCUCCACACGGGUUGCAAUGGAAGUAUCUGCGCUAGAGUUGUAGACAGAUGCAUACGAGUAAAACUGUGA